ACACCCCACCCAACCCCGCGCCACGAGCCGGUAGCCGAGAGAACCCCAUUCGCGAUGGCUCCGCUCUCGUCGCCGUCGUCGCUUCUUCUUCAGUGACGCGUCCCCGCCUCCUCUUCAUCUGCGGCCAUAGCUCCUAGACGCCUCCUCUUCAGCGAUAUUUCCGUCGCUCCUCCACACGUCCGUGUAGAAGGCGGCCCUCAGCGGUACCCGUCCUCUCUCUCUCUCUCGGCGCUGCACGAAACAAUGUUUUCUGGCGUCAAAUUUGUACCCAGGGAUCAGCUCCUUUCAUCAUCGGCAACGAAACCCCAUUCGGACUCGGAUGGAUCUGGAGGGGAAGAGAAGAAGUAUUCUAGCACCAUCAAGAAGUCUAAGACGAAGAAGAGAAGUAAACGAGACGGUGGUGAUGCCUCUUCGGAAGAUGAUGUACACAAAAUGAUCUCUAGAAGAGGGAAACGAGUGAAGAACAAGAACAAGAAGAAUAAAAGGAGUAAGAAGCACCAUAGCUCCUAUGAUGAUGAUGAUGACGAUGAAGGUGAUGAUAGUACUCUAAGAACUUCAGAUAGCGAGUCUUUGGACAGCAAGGAGGUCAAACGAAGUAAAAGUUGGAGGAAGAGGAGAAGAAGAAGACAGGAAUUGUCAGAGGAUGACUAUUCUUCAUCGUCCGAUGAGUAUGCAGAGAAGAAAGGUAAAAUGAAGCAUCAGCGACUCAAAAAUAUUAGGGAAAGGCGAGAUGCGAAAGAUCUGCAUUCUAUAGAGGAUAGUGAUGAUGAUGGUAGAGACUUACUUCACCAGAAUGACAAAGAGCUUGCGAGGAAGGAGUUGGGAUUAGACUGGAUGCUGAGACCGGCGAGCAGGAUGACAGAGAAUAGUCGUGCAGAAGUGGAGGAAGAAACCGAGGAACAUAAAACUGUUGAGGUGACGAGAACAAAUCCAAAGGAAUUGAAUCCAUAUCUGAAAGAUAACGGGAGUGGGUAUCCAGAUGAUGCAUCUAUUUCGGAGGCUAGUGACAGACUUUUCUCUUCUUCAGUUGUUGGUGAUGGUGGAGCAAGCUGGAGAUUGAAAGCCUUGAAGCGUGCGAAAGAGCAGGCAGCUCGUGAAGGACGAAAACUUGAUGAGGUUGUUGAAGAACGAUGGGGCUCAUUGGGCCAGUUGACUGCAACUGUGGUAGCUCAUAGAGCUGCCCCGGCACGUGCUCAUCUGCGUGCAAUAAAUGACAGAAAGAGGGGGCCAAUGGAAUUGUCUGAAGUGGCCCCAUCUGAUGAAACUAAAGAAGGCAUUCAAGAGGUGCGCAGUGGAGGCCGUGACUACUUACGUGAUGUUUCUUCUCAAAUUCCUCAGAUGAGAAAACCUAGACAUGAUGACUUGUCCUGGAAAAGGAAUAAAGGUCGUAACAUGUCUAUGGAGGAUAAAUCCCUAAUUUCUUCAGCAAUAUCCAGCUUAAAUAGAUUUGCAAAUGAUGGGAACUUUAUGGAUAAUAUUGCUCGGUUUCAAAGUAAAGAUGAUGGCAUUUCAAAUAGCUCUUCUGGUGCAAGUCCAAAGGCGAGCAGCAAUUGCAUGGAGAAGAGAUUGCACACUCCGAGAGACAGAGGUCCUGAUGAAGAAUCCUCAGCCCAGAAACAAGUACAGAGUGCAAAUCAAUUAGCAGCUAAGGUGUUGCAGCUUCGUAUGAAAGGAAAGGAUGAUGAGGCUGAGAAACUUUCGAAAGAAAUGGAGGCCAUGGUUGACAAAUCAGAUGCUGGCACCCAAUCAGUUAGAGUGGAAACAGAGGGAAGCACAAGCAGAUAUAUCAGGAAGCAGAUGUCUAGGGAACAUAAGAGGAGAGAAGAUGAUGCUGAUUUGCAUCUUGCAAAGACAAUAACGCAGAACAAACAGUAUAGUUUGGGUGAAGAUGAGGAGUAUGGUUUUGAUGUUGCUCCUAGCAGAAAACGUAACAAGAAGAAAGAGGAGAUGCCUGCUGAAAGAAGUAUAUCAAGACGACUCUUAACUCAACAAGAGCGCUGUCAAUUUUGUUUUGAAAAUCCAUCAAGACCAAAACAUCUUGUUGUGUCAAUUGCAAAUUUUACAUACUUGAUGCUGCCUCAGUGGCAACCUGUCGUUGAAGGCCAUUGCUGCAUUUUACCAAUGCAGCAUGAAGCUGCAACAAGAUCUGUUGAUAAAAAUGUUUGGGAGGAGAUCCGCAACUUCAAGAAGUGCUUGUUGAAGAUGUUUGCUAGAGAUGAUAAGGAUGUCGUGUUUCUUGAAACUGUUGUAGGGUUGGCAAAGCAGCGUCGUCACUGUUUACUUGAAUGCAUUCCUAUACCCCAUUUGCUCGCCAGUCAAGCACCUAUGUAUUUUAGAAAGGCAAUUGAAGAAGCUGAGGAAGAGUGGGGCCAGCAUGACAUGAAGAAGGUCAUCCCAACAAGUGGGAAUCUGCGGCAAGUGAUUCCUGAAAAUUUUUCUUAUUUCCAUGUGGAAUUUGGCCUCGACAAGGGGUUCGUUCACGUGAUCGACAAAGACAGUAAUUUCAACAGUGGCUUUGGUUUGAAUGUCAUCAGAGGCUUACUACGCCUUCCAGAGGAAGACAUGUACCGACGCCGAAGGCAUGAACCAAUGGAGAAGCAAAAUCAGGCAGUCGCUAAUUUUGCUCGGGAGUGGGAACACUUCGAUUGGACAAGAGACCUUGAUUAAAUGAAGAUGAGUGAAUCUUUUAAUCACCUGUAGCUUGAAAUAUGAAGUAUAACAUGUAUGUUUUAGAUCAAAAUUAUAUCAGAACAUGUAUUUUCUUUCAUCAAUUCGUUUUCUGCUGAGGAAAGUAAUUUACGAUCUUUUAGCAAUUUAUAUUCUGUUACACUAAGAAUUUUAUGACACUAAGUAUUGCAUGGUGCUGGAACUGUUCCCAAUA